AUGGCUGCUGAACUUGUUGCUUUACUCUCUGCUUCGCUUCAGGUCCUGUUUCAGCGAUUGGCUUCUGAGGGUAUACCCCAGUUGUUCCAUGGAAAGAAACUCAUUCUGGACCAGCUUGAUGAGUUGAACACUUUGUUGUUGUCAGCUCAUGUACUGGUCAACGAUGCUGAGAACAAACAACUUCGAAACGAGGAGGUCAGGGUGUGGCUUUUCAAGCUUCAAGAUGUGAUUCAUGAAGCUGAUGACUUGGUGGAUAGGAUUGACUAUGAAGCUCUGCGAUCUAAGCUUGAAGAUGAUCAAUCUAGGAGCAGCGCCAGCAGGACUUUACUGUUGUCAUGGUGUAAGAAGCUUUCUCUAUUACCAAAGAACAUGGGAAGCUUAAUAAACUUGCGAUAUCUAGACAUUGAAGGUGUGCCUUUGAAAGAGAUGCCACAACAAAUUAAUCAGAUGAAACACUUGCAAUUCUUAUCAAAUGUGGUUUUGAGUGAUAGGCACAUUAAUGGGGGAAUUAAAAUGAAAAGGGUAGCAGAGCUUGAACACCUACAUGGCAUUUGGGGACUGGAAAAUAUUAUUGAUGUAGCUGAGGCUUCUGAGGCUAGUUUGAAGGAUAAGAAGGGACUUUCGAAACUAACUUUGAGAUGGAAUGUUGAUACUUUUGUGGCUGAUUAUUCGCAAAAAGAAAAGGAUAUACUUGAUGCACUUCGACCCCAUACAAACUUGAAACAUCUUGAGAUUGACAAUUAUAGAAAUACAAUAUUCUCACACUGGAUUGGAGACUUUGCAUUUUCUAAUUUAGUAUCAAUCAAGAUAAGCAAUUGUAAAAGUUGUUGUAUUUUACCACAUGUUGGACAACUAGCCUUUCUCAAAUCUCUCAUUAUCGAUGGAUGUGAUAGAGUGAUCUCAAUAGGUGAUGAGAUUCAUCACAAAGGUCCUCAAUUCAGCUGUCUAGAAGUGUUAAGGAUUGAAAAUAUGUUGGUGUGGAAAGAUUGGUCAUUUAGUAAUGAAGCUAUGCAAGGUGGUAAAAUAUUCCCUCUUCUAAAAAGACUUGUACUGAUGAACUGUCCAAAGCUUAGUGUUGGUUUACCUGGUUAUCUUCCAUCCUUGGAACAUCUCAUAAUAUGUAAUUGUGAGCAAAUGGUGGUUCUGCUUCCUGAGAACACAACAGACCAUUACAUCCCCUCCCUCUAUUGCCACCAUUCGUAUAGAUAA